AUUAUUGGCUCAUUUAAUAAUAAACAUCCUUCGAAUCGGUAUUAACCACCUCCAUUUAAUAAAUACAGGUACUAAAGGUUCAGAGAGAGAAACUGGUUUAGCCAUCAUUAGCAGGUGGGAUUUAAAUUCUGAUUUGUUUUACUCUGUAUUCAUGCUGUUUCCCACCCUUAAGUUUUAUUUAAUACAGUGAUUGUCCCUGAGCACCACCAGCGUGUCGUGGAUCUAGUCUUACCUUAGUGUUAGUCGCUCAGUCGUGGCCGACUCUUUGCGACCCCAUGGACUGCAGCCCACCAGGCUCCACUGUCCAUGAGAUUUUCCAGACAAGGAUGCUGGAGUGAGUUGCCAUUUCCUUCUCCAGGAAUCUUACCUUACAGUAUUCUAUUUUCCUUAGAACUCCUGUGUAAAAGGUUAAUUAAGGCCCUUCUGCAUUCUCUGACCUGUGUAUUCUCAGAUGACUGUUAAACAUGUAAAUUUAAACCAUAGUUGAAACCCUGAAUUUUUUUUUUUUUUUUUUUGCAGUCUCAAAAACAACAGAAUGAUCUCUCUUUAUUUCCAAGGCAAACCAUUCAGUAUCACAGUAAUCCAAGUCUAUGCCCUAACCAGUAAUGGUAUACAUUAUAUAAAUGUUGCUUUCUGACUGUGGGGCCUUAGGUCAGUCUUUUUUUUUUUCUUUUUUUUUUUUUUUAAUUUUAUUUUAUUUUUAAACUUUACAUAACUGUAACCCUGAGUUUUAAGUUUUACUGGAGAAGCUAAGAAUCGUAUCCAAGCCAGGUCGGAAAUGGGACAGACUUUUUAAAAAGAUGAAAACUGUGGUUUCAUCCAUGCUCCAUAUUAUGAAGGUGAUAUCAUGCCUCUGAUUGGAUGGUGCAUCUAGACUUAGUGAUCCUGACUUCAAGAUAAAGUCUCUUAGGACUUCUGUCUUUCAACUUUUCCUGUCCUGACUUCAUAGUUUCUAUACUUUCCAAUAGCAGCAGAAAAAUGAGCAAGUACAGGGGACCAGUAACAUUUAAGGAUGUUACUGUGGAAUUCACCCGGGAAGAAUGGAAAUUGCUGGACACUGCUCAGAGGACCCUAUAUAGAGAAGUGAUGCAGGAGAACUACAGUCACCUCAUCUCAGUGGGCUAUUGUGCAAAUAGGCCAAAUGCAAUCUUCAAGUUGAAGCAAGGAAAAGAACCAUGGAUAUUAGAAGUACAAUUUCCACGUCAGAACAACCCUGAAGACUUAUGCAAUACUCAUGACCAAGGAGCAAGAUGCCCAGAAAGCCAAGCUGAAAAUUCAAGGAAUGGAGAACUCAAGAAACAUCAGAAAACUCAUACCAAUGAGAAAACCUAUAAAUGUAAUGAAUGUGGAAAGUCCUUCUACCAGAAGUCUAUCCUCAUAAUACAUGAGCAUACUCAUUCAAAGGACAAACCCAGUGAAUGUGAGAAAUCCGUUUCUCAGAAUGGAGACCUCACAAGACAACCAAAAACUCCUACCAGAGAGAAGACCUAUGAAUGUAAAGAAUGUAAGAAAACUUUCUACCAUCUGUCAUCUCUCAGUAGACAUUUGAGAACUCAUGCAGGAGAGAAACCCUACGAAUGUAAUCAGUGUGAGAAAUCCUUCUACCAGAAGCCACACCUCAUGGAACAUCAGAAAACACACACAGGAGAAAAACCCUUUGAAUGUACUGAAUGUGGGAAGUUCUUCUAUGUUAAGGCAUACCUCAUGGUACAUCAGAAAACACACACAGGGGAGAAACCAUAUGAAUGUAAGGAAUGUAGGAAGUCCUUUUCCCAGAAAUCACACCUCACAGUACAUCAGAGAACACAUACAGGGGAGAAACCCUAUAAAUGUAAGGAAUGUGGGAAAUUCUUCUCUAGAAAUUCACACCUCAAAACUCAUCAGCGAACUCACACGGGAGAGAAACCCUAUGAAUGUAAGGAAUGUGGUAAAUGCUUCUACCAGAAGUCAGCCUUAACAGUACAUCAGCGAACUCAUACAGGGGAGAAACCCUUUGAAUGUAAUAAAUGUGGAAAAACCUUUUACUAUAAAUCAGACCUCACUAAACAUCAGAGAAAACACACAGGGGAGAAGCCCUAUGAAUGUAAUGAAUGUGGUAAAUCUUUCUCUGUGAAUUCAGUCCUCAGAUUACAUCAAAGGACUCACACAGGAGAGAAACCCUAUGAAUGCAAGGAAUGUGGGAAAUCUUUCUCUCAGAAGUCACAUUUUGUCAUACACCAGAGAAAACACACAGGAGAGAAACCCUAUGAAUGUAAGGAGUGUAAGGAAACAUUUUUUCAAAAAUCAAAACUCACUGCACAUCAGAAGACACACACAGAAGGGAAAAGCUUAUAAACAAUAUCAAUUGGAGAAUUCUUCUGUCUGAAUUUGUCCUUCAGAAUAAUCAGAUAACUCACACAAGACAAAAACCUUAUGAAAUAUCAUCAAUAUGGGGAAGUUUCAGCCAAUUCUUUCAUCAUAGGGAGAAAUUCUAUAGAUCUGUUAGGGAGAAAUUUUUACCAUAUGUCAGACUUGUACUAAAUUUCAGGCAACAUACAUGGUAGAAACACUACAAAUGGUAAAACAUGAGGGAAACUCUUUCAGAAGUCAUACUUUAUUGUAUGACAUUUAAACCAUACAGGAGAAAUCCUGUAAGAAAAAUGAAUAUCAGGAAAUUUCUGUCAGGGUAGCCAUCAUAAAUGAGGAACUUCUAUCAGUAUCCUGAGCAUUCAGAAAUCUUUUUAUACCAGUUGGACUCAUUAGCACAUUCUAAAAGGAGAUAAUCACAAAGAUUACUACAUACAUGGAAGGCUUUAUCAAGAAGUGAUGUUUCAGUGAAUGUCAGAUCAGUGAUAUAAAGUAUAGAAACUUUUUAAAAAAUAUUUUAAAUAUGUGAAACCUUUUAAACAAAAAUUCUAAGAGAAUAUGUACAAGGGAACUACUUACACUAGGAGUCAUGUUGUAGAAAUCUGAUUACAAUGUUGUUUUAAAGAAACCUGCAAAUGUCAGGUAUAUGAAGUUUUGUAAAAAGCACAAAUAAAUUGGAAAAUGUGAUAUCAUUAA